GCUAGUUUUCAUUUUCGUUCUGCUAAAGGAGUCGCCAAACAUGCCAGCUGCUGUCUUGGGGUUUCUUCCCGCCGCAUUGCUGCUAACAAGCAAAGCGUUAGCAACGAAUGACUGUUGCUCGCUAGAUGUCGGCUUCAAUCCUAGGAUAGUGGCGAAUCAGGCUAUGCAACUCUCCAACCAUAGCUGGGAAUACGGCACAGCUGCCGAAGCCCUGUUGGAGUUGUACAACCCAGGGCUCUCGGUCUUCUCGAGCCACGCAUUCCCAGAUGGCAGACCGCCAAAGCCAGACCCCAACAAUGUGGAAGCUCUCAGCUAUGCCCGAAAGCACAUACGUCUGGAUAACAACACUCUCGUAGACGGAGAUGGAGCAAGUGGUGAUCCAGCCUCCUUAGGCGUCUCAGCAAUCCUUAUAGGACAGAAAGACCCAAAGACAGAAGCCGCUGUUGCUCGCCAAUACGCACAUUUCGACACUGUCCCACGAUGGCCCAACGGAGCUAUUUCUCACCGUGACGAUUACCCCGAACUUUGGGCAGACUUCAUCUACAUGGCACCUCCUUUCUUGGCAUAUUACGCCACUUCGAUCAAUAACACCGACGUCAUCAGAGAAGCUGUGGCACAAUGCUUGCUCUACCGUCAAGUCCUUCAGCCCAAUGUCUCUUCUCAUGCUAUAAGUGCUGGUGCAUGGCGACACAUCAUCGGACCCAAAAAUCAAGACGUCGGAUUGUGGUCGACUGGUAAUGCUUGGGCAGCGAUGGGUAUGGCGAGAGUCCUUGCUACGUUGCUUCAUUGGCCACCGACCGUGACGAGAGCUACAGCGCAGAUCGCGCAGGCUGAUCUCUUUACUUGGAUCGGUGAGAUCUUGAGCGCUGCGAUGAACUCGUCGAAGCAAGAUGGACUUCUUCGCAAUUAUCUCAACGAUACCACCUGGUUUGGCGAGACGAGUGGGACUGCAUUGAUGACAGCUGCAGUUUAUCGUCUGGCAGUACUGCAGCAGGAGGCAAAUGCACUUUUUGACGGAUCUGCGGCGAAGGCACCGAAGCUGGACAAAAUCGUGACGACCGACAUGUUGGCGUGGGCUGAUAAGAAUCGGAAGGCGGUGGCUGCUCACAUCGACCAAAGUGGUAUUGCAAGACCUGCUGUGAACCCUCUGGGCUGGGGUGAUCGCACACCUUAUGUCAAAGGAAGUCCUGAAGGGCAAAGCUUUGUGGUCAUGUUAUAUGCAGCUUGGCGUGAUUGCCACGGAGCCGGUUUGUGCAACUCCACUCAGUAACAAGAUCUUGGCAGCAAUGGCCGUCGAUGCUGAGCUGAUUUCGACCUCAUCUAUUCCGCAGCGGCUGUGACAGCCAGUAACAGACGGGACACUUGGUUGUCACAGACUUGUUGCAAAUAGCAUUCCCCAAGAAACGUCUAGCCAGUGAGUGAUCCAAUACUCACGUUUCCCAGGCCCAAAUAUUCGCUCCUGUUCCUCUCGGUCCAUACAAAAAGGCAAUAUCGAGGAACCAUGCUAUGCGCUCCGUAUGGGUCAUUAAAAUGGCGGUUCCAGCCGCCGUCUACACCACAGGAAACAGUGGAGGCUCUUGUUGCUGGUCCUGUCCUCUGGUUUCUGUCGGACUGGUGUUGGGUGCCUGACUUUGCUACCAUAGAUUGGUCUUUUAACGACAGUGAUCACCCGACAAGGUAUUCGCCGAUUCGAUGGCUACCAGACGAGCUAGGAAAGGAAGCACAGGAGAUCGAGCACCUGUCAACUUCAAUGUGUCGUUGGAAAUUUCAACUGUUUUCGUGCUCAAACUGCGCGAGGUCUUUGUCUAACGGUGUCUGCCGUUGCGGCAAACUGAGCACGGCACGAAGCGCCGAUUUCUUCGGGGACUGGCUGGCCUGGAAACAUCUCUUCAAACGCUGCUUUGAAGAAUGAUCCAGCUCUAGCUCUGGGUGAAUCGGGAUCUGAAUCAGGGUGUUCGGCUACGGCCUCUCGAAGCGGUUUGAUUUCGACAGGACAUCCUAGUGUCCAGCAGCAGCGGAGGCUGGCAUAUCCAACCGCCUCGAUGUAGGAUAUGUUUAGUCUUUGAAGCACGGCCAGGCCGUCGUAAAAAGGAUCGUCGUUGUGCCAUUGGUAUCGUUUUGAAUGCGAAAAGAUGAUCGAGGCUGGCAAGUUGUCGUAAUUUUCAAUUAUGUAGCUGUUCAUCUGUCCGUCAGUCUAAUCAGCAGAAGAAGGACUGAGAGAAAAACUUACGUCAAAUCAACCAUUCCUUCGC